AUGGAGAUCCUUCAGGUGUACACCGACGUGCCAGCCAUCGAACUUGGCACCGAAGAUUAUUCAGUUGAGAAUUUUCCCUCCUACAGCCCUUCACCUGAAUUGGCCCAGUAUUGGAGGUCCAUCGACCCUAGCCUCAAUUCUCGGAGGUCGUUCGACACAUCUAAGACCGACCGGUCUGCUCAUAUAGUCAAUAUGGAAAAGCAUCUUCUCAACCUGGCCAACUCAGCCUAUGGCUGUGGUCGUUCUCUGGUCGAUGCUUCAAAAGAAGAUUCUUCACAAUUUGGACCGAGCACGAUCUGGGGGUCUGGCAGCGACGCUUUCCGAGCCAUGCGCUACAUGUCCCCCAGCGGGCCAUGGGGCGGCAGUCUAUCUUCCACAAACUCGACCUCGAGCGAUUACGCCUUCAGCCCUGAUGUAAGCAGACAUCACGUGUCUCUCUACUGCGACGAUCUCGACUCGCAGGUAUCUUUUGCAUCACCCUAUCCGGUACCCUACUCUCAGACACACUAUAGUUACGCGUCCCCGGGCUCGUAUGCUGGGCAGACCGUAGCCUCAUCUUCUGCAAGAGAUCAGGCAGUUGCCUGCUCUAUGAAGGAGCUUCAGUAUACACCAGACCCAGAGCAUGACGACAUUCAGGGCGACAGCGGUUGCAUCAAGAUUGAGACAAGGCCAGAAAAAAUGGCACCAACCCCGGAAAGCUGCUCGCCUGUGACCGACACAUCGAGUCGAUCAGAUUACGAUGAUUCCAUGAAGGAUGAGGAAGAUGAGAAAGGUGUUGACAGCGAUAUCGAUCCGGAAUAUUCCCCUGUGAAGUCGAGAUCAGCCAGAAGAUUCUCAUCCUCCAGCAAGCAUCCUACCCGAUCACCCACUCUUUCGCGAAAGUCUUUUAUGCAACCAACGACCGACAAUAACAGAGUACUCAAAUCCUCCCAACGACCAACCAUCUCCACCAAGAGUAAGACCAAAAGUGCCUCUCGAAAACGAUCCAACAACAAAAACGGUGACAGUCGCCCUUUUAUCUGCUCCUUCUCUCACUACGGCUGCGAAAGCCGCUUCUCCUCUAAGAAUGAAUGGAAGCGCCACGUCUCUUCACAGCAUCUUCAACUCGGGUUUUACCGUUGCGAUACUGACCUCUGCUACCCAACUAACCAAUUUCCCAACGGCGGAACCAGAACAUACAACGACUUCAAUCGCAAAGAUCUCUUCACCCAGCACCAUCGAAGAAUGCACGUGCCCUGGACGCCAGCGAACAAGCCACCUUCGAAGCAAGCCCACGAUGACUUCGAGGAGAGUUUGGAGGCAGUCAGGCAAAGGUGUUGGCAGGAGAAAAGAAAGGCCCCGAAGAAGAGUCAAUGUAUCUUCUGCCACGUGCGGUUUGAUGGAGAGAGUGCCUGGGAUGAGAGGAUGGAACAUAUUGGCAAACACUUCGAAAAAGCUGAGAGAGAGAAGAAGGACCUGGGAGGGGGAAGGGAGGAUCCAGAGUUGAAGGCGUGGGCUUUGGAUCAGGGGCUCAUUGUUGAUUGCGGAGAUAGGGGCUGCUGGCUGGACGGUCUGCAAGGUAACCGAAGAGCCGGAAAAGCAAUGCCAUCAGGAAUGGCAAGGCGAGGCAAGGUGGUCAAUGAUGAUGUUGCUGGCGAGGAAGAUGCAGCCGGUGAUGAUGAGUAA